GCAUCAAUUAAUCCCCAAAAUUUGGAUGAAUUUAAUAUUAAUUUAAAUAUUUUAAUAAAAGAAACUUUAAUUUUUCCCUGUGGUGUUGAAAAAAGAUUUUUUGUAAGCACAAGGAAUGGACGUGCAUGGCUUUUAAAAACUAAAGAAGGAAAUGGAUUUGUUGCUAAACCUUGGUUGCUACCUUCAGGAGAGAUAAAUUGGAAGGUGUUAAGACGAGUUUUGGAAGGUAUAUUUUGGCAUAUUUAUGCAAACCCUGGAAUUUUAAUUGAUGAUUUAACUUCUCGUUUUGUUUACGUAUUACAACCUGUUUUGUUACAUGGACUUGUUGAAAUGUUGGAAAAACUUGGAUGUUGUAAAAUUAUUACAAAAACAUUACAUUCACAACGAAAAUCUUCCCCAUUUUCAAGCGCAAAAACUCCACAAAAGAUACAAUUUGUCCAGCCUAGCCCUAAUGGAAUGGAAAGACUUAUUUUAUUUAAAAAUGGAAUUUCUAGUGAAUAA